AUGAACAUUGCAGAUUCUCACAAGAAGAAUCAGAUUCAGGUCUCUAACACCAAGAAGCCCUUGUUUUUCUAUGUUAAUCUCGCCAAAAGGCACAUGCAGCAGCACAACGAGGUGGAACUCUCUGCCCUAGGAAUGGCUAUUGCUACUGUUGUUACCAUUGCUGAAAUUCUAAAAAACAAUGGAUUGGUUGUCGAGAAAAAGAUCAUGACAUCUACUGUUGAUAUGAAAGAUGAAUCAAGAGGUCGACCUAUCCAAAAAACCAAGAUCGAGAUAUUGUUGGGGAAGACUGAGAACUUUGACGAACUAAUGGCAGCUGCAGCAGAAGAGAAAUGGAGGAAAAUGGCCACGAUAGUGGCGAUGGUAGUCAUUGGUGGUGGGCUCUGGCAAGCGCCGCCUAAUUAG